CGGACGCAGCCAGCAGUGAGCGGCGGCGCGCACACCUGUCUCGGAGCGGAAGGGGCCCCGUCCGAUUCCUCUUCCUGUUUUGGGGGGACCCCACGUGGCUGGGCAGUGACUAUGCAGCUAGGACUGUUCGUGGUGGUGGUCUUCCUCGGCUUCAUGGAUUACAGCGACAGCCUCAAGGACUCCAAGGGCAGGAGGCAGAGACGGAUAAGCACUGAGGUUCCACCAUCCUGCUCGCGGGGCUGUGAGCUCUGCUCCGAAUACAACGGGUGCCUGAAAUGCCAGCCCAAACUCUUCAUCCUUCUCGAACGCAAUGACAUCCGACAGAUCGGCGUGUGCCUGGCCUCCUGUCCCGUGGGCUACUUCGGCGUCCGAAACCCGGACAUGAACAAGUGCACCAAAUGUAGAAUAGACAACUGUGAGGCGUGUUUCAGUAAAAGCUUUUGCACAAAAUGUAAGGAGGGCUUGUAUUCGCACAGAGGGAGGUGCUACACCAGCUGCCCUGCAGGUUUCGGCACCACCAACGGUACCAUGGAAUGCGUCAGCACAGUGCAAUGCGAGCUGGGUGAGUGGGGCCCCUGGGGGCCCUGCAUGAAGAAGAACAAGACCUGCGGCUUCAGGAAGGGGACCCAGGUCCGCGUGCGGGAGCCGGCGCAGCCCCCCAGCCCAGAGACCGCCACCUCCCCCGCUGCCCCGGCAACCUGCGCCCCGGAGACGGAGAGCCGCAAGUGCAAUGUGCCGAAAACUCCCUGCGGAAAAGAAAAGGGGAAGAACAAGAACGAGAGGAGAGAGGAGAGCAGGAACAAAGAGAAUAAAGAAAGCGGUGGCAAGACCAAGAACCGGGAGCCCAAGGAAGGAGCAAAGGAGGGGGGCAAAGCGGGCGGCAAACGCAAGAAGCCCCAAAACCGGGCGACCACCGCUCCCACUCUCACACCCAGCGCCACCAACUAA